AUGACUCCUCAAAUGCGACCUCUCGGAAAAGAUGAGCUCUUCUUCACCCUCCGCAAUAGUCUAGGGUACUACCAAAACGUUGCUCUGAGCAUAUCCCUGACACUGCGUGGUGUAGCAGAAGAAGCCUUGCUACCACUCAUUUACACUGCACUGUCACAGGUGGCUGGGAACCACCCAGUCCUUUUCGCUGUGCCGGUGAGCGAGCCUUGUUCUGAGUCUGAUCCUAACCCUAGCGCCAAAGCUCGCCCCGAGGGGUUCUUCCAGCAACUUCCAUUUAUCAAGCUCUCGGAUGUUGUAUCUGUUCUUGAACGUAAUGACUCCUCGCUACCGUGCGAAUGCAAAACCUCCGCCGAAACAGCCUUUGAUGUGGAAUACGAUCACGUGUUGCAACUGAUGCACAAUACUCCCUUUAAAGAGAGACAGGUGCAAUGGCGGCUCCUUAUUUUUCGUGACGCAGGCCUUCCUGCUGUCUCAGAUGCUGACACGCGCUUCAAGCUGGCAUUUGUAUACCAUCACGCUCUUGCGGAUGGUCUUUCAGGCGUGGUGUUUAUGAAGGGGCUCGUUGCUGCGUUGGCUGGGAUGCUAAGCAAGGAGAAGCAGCUUGGGGAUGUUGAUGUUGUAUUCGCUAAGGAGGAAGCGCUGUUGCCACCGCUGCAGAGUUGGAAGUGUGCCGCGACGGUCGAGGAUGCAUCACCGCAGGAGCAGCAAGGACCUGCGAAUCUCCACUCUAAAAAAAUGUGGCUUGGUACUCAACCUCUCAACGCUACCCCCGUUACAUCGCGCUUCACGUCCUUCACAAUCUCUUACCAAACGACCAAAGCCCUGCUCAUGACCGUUUCCGAGCACAAAACUUCGCUUACGCCGUUCCUGCAGACUCUUCUAACGGCUUCGAUAUUCCACGCUGUCGCAAGCGACUUUGAUCAAGUACGCGGUUUAUGUUCUAUUAGCUUGAGGCCUUUUCUCGAGGCAUUUCCGGAGGACGCCAUGGGCUGUUUUAUUGGCGGAAGUUCGACGGAGUAUCUUCGUGAUCAAUUUUACGACAGCGCUAAUGGCGAAACUUCGCGUGAUGUAAAUCUGACGAAGGGGAUUGACUUUUGGAACGAAGUUGAUAGGACGAAAGAGAAUAUUGUCACAGCUGUCAACAAAGCUAUCAAGGCUUUGUCAAUUUCCGAAGCAGGUGUAGGCGAGCAAAUUACCAUGCUACCUUGGGUGAAGAGUCUGAUCAACGCUCCUCGCAUUGCGAGUUUCGACAUUAACAACCUCGGUAAGUUUGACGCCGAUGGUCUUGCUGGUUGUCUUGAAAAUUCGAAGGAGAGUCGCAUUUGUCUAGGAAGAGUUGUCUUUAGUUCGAGCCAGUCUGCCAUCGGAUCGGCGCUUAAACUCAAUGUCAUCACAGGACCGAGAGGCGAAAUGACUGUUGGGUUCGCGUGGCAGAACGAGGUUCAUAACGAGCAAAUUGUGCAGAGCAUUAUAGAUAAAUUCAGAUGUGAAUUAGAGCUGAUUCGAUAG